AUGCCCUCCUUAACAGACGCGGACACGAUCCGCAUCCUUGUCUCCACCGACAACCAUGUCGGUUACAACGAGCGUGAUCCGAUCCGGGGUGACGAUAGCUGGAAGAGCUUCCACGAAGUGAUGUGUCUGGCCAAGGAACGAGAUGUCGACAUGGUCCUGCUCGCGGGAGACUUGUUCCAUGAAAAUAAGCCGUCGAGAAAAUCCAUGUAUCAAGUGAUGCGUUCCCUACGGAUGAACUGUCUGGGGGACAAGCCUUGCGAGCUCGAGAUGCUCAGCGACGCCAGCGAAAAUUUCCAGGGGGCUUUCAAUCAUGUCAACUAUGAAGAUCUAGACAUCAACGUUGCCAUUCCGGUAUUCUCGAUCCACGGCAAUCAUGACGAUCCGUCUGGUGAAGGCCAUCUGGCCGCUCUAGAUCUGCUACAAGUAUCUGGUUUGGUCAACUACUACGGGCGGACGCCGGAAUCCGACAACAUUCAGAUCAAACCGGUUCUUCUCCAGAAAGGCAGGACAAAACUUGCCCUCUACGGUAUGAGCAACGUUCGAGACGAGCGGCUCUUCAGGACCUUCCGCGAUGGCAAAGUCAAGUUCUUCCAGCCAGCCACCCAGAAGGACGACUGGUUUAAUCUCAUGAGUGUCCAUCAGAAUCACCAUGCUUACACGGAAACUGGUUAUCUUCCUGAGACGUUCCUUCCAGACUUCCUUGACCUCGUUAUCUGGGGUCACGAGCACGAGUGUCUCAUCAAUCCUCGUCUAAACCCGGAGACGAAGUUCCAUGUCAUGCAGCCAGGGUCUUCUGUUGCAACGUCUUUAAUGCCUGGCGAGGCUGUGGCCAAACACGUUGCCAUCCUUACUAUUACUGGCCGCGAAUUCAAGUGUGAGCCGAUCCGUUUGAAGACAGUUCGUCCGUUUGUGAUGCGCGAGAUUGUCCUCUCUGAAGAAAAAGGGGCGCAGAAAUUAGCGAGGAAAGAUGAUAACCGGACCGAAGUCACGCGUUUCCUUAUGUCCAUUGUGGACGAACUGAUCGAAGAAGCGAAAGCUGAAUGGCUUGAGAGCCAAGAGGGCGAAGAAGAAGAAGAACAAGAGCCACCGUUGCCGUUAGUCCGGCUACGCGUUGAGAUCUCAACACCUGAUGGAGGGAGUUUCGAUUGUGAAAAUCCGCAGAGAUUUUCAAACCGAUUCGUCGGGAGGGUCGCAAACGUUAAUGAUGUGGUACAGUUUUACAGGAAGAAGAAGGCGGCGAGCUCUACCCGUCCCAAGGACAGUGGUGUUGAUGAGGCAGUUGUAUCCCAGCUGACCUCCCUGGACACGGUCAAGGUGGAAAAGCUAGUUAGGGAAUUUCUGCAGGCUCAAUCCCUCACAAUCCUUCCGCAGAAUUCAUUUGGUGAUGCCGUGUCGCAGUUUGUCGACAAAGAUGACAAGCAUGCCAUGGAAAUGUUUGUCAACGAGUCCUUGGGUAAUCAGAUCAAGCAUUUGCUGUCUUUAGAUCAAGACAGUGACGAUAUGGAUGAGGAGACAGGCAGUGCUUCCCUCCAUGCAGCAAUGGAGAAGUAUCGCACGCGGAUGGAAGAGGCGUUUUCCAAGGGCACCGGGAGACGGACGCGUGGUAAGAAGCGGUUCAAACCCAAGCCCGAUGGAUGGGAUAGUGAAUUCGACGGCGCGUGGGAAGACCAGCCAGGAGCCCUCAUCCACUCUGACAACGAGGGUGGUGACCCCGUCGAGGAGGAAGCAGCAGAAGAUGGCACAGAGCCACCACGCGCAUCAAGAGGACGUGGCAGAGGUCGUGGUGGCAGGACCACAGCCACUGCUAGCACUCGCAAGACAGCUACGACAACGACCAAACGAGGAGCUGCUUCAGCAAAAGGUCGCCGCAAACAGGUCGUAUCGGACGAGGAAGAAGAGGAAGAAGACGUCGUAAUGCUGGACGAUGAUGAUGAAGAAGACGUGGCAGAGGAUGCUGUGUCGGACGACGAGUCUCAGGCUCUUUUCGUCAAACAGCCACAACCCAAGGCUGCUACCACGAAGUCUCGAGCUCGCAGCACCGUCCCGUCGUCUACUGCAGGCCAACGUCGGAGCGGGCGGACAGCAGCGUCUCCGGCCCCCUCGUCCGUCACAGCAGCAUCCUCAACCCGGAGGACGACCGCUAGGUCGACUGCGACGAGGGGGAGACAGACUCAGACGACACUUGAUUUCGGUGCGUCACAGGCCAGUUCGCGGAACAGUGCACGACCGAGCCGGACUACACGAAGCGUCAGUGUGCUGAGUGAGGAUAUCGAGGAUGAUGACGAUGCAUUCGAGCCAGCACCGACUACGACGAGGAGACGUCGAUAA